AUGGUCGCGAUAAGCCAGAGACGAAGGCAUCCUCGAUGGAGAAUGCUCUUCGUUGCUGUCAUCUUUUCCGGUCUCGUCAGGCACUGCGAACUGGUGCCUGCAAAAAGAUUGACCGACUCAAAUUCAUCCUCCUUGUCGUCCACGUUAUCAAGAAGCUCCUCCGAAUCGAGGUCGCAGAACUUAGGCUCACCGAGCGAACUGGCCUGGCAAGCUUGGCUUCUCUUGGAUUCUCAAACCGGGGUGCACUCCAGCUUGGAUUCGUCUAGUUUCCUUCGACGUAUAACACCGAAGAGCGUCUUCAUUGCCCCCGAAUUGCCGGCGUUGCCCCCGUGCGCGGAGGGCUACCACGCCGACACGAUGGGCAGAUGCGUGAAAAGCGUGAACAUCGACCACGAGGCCCACUUCGAUUUCCUUCUUCAGCGACUGAAGAAUCGAUACGCGUCCAACAACAAUCCGAAGAAGUCCAGCGAACCUUUCCAACUGAACAUACCCCUGUUCUCCAACGCGAACUCUCAAUCCUCUAAAGUCGAUCACGAGGAGACCAGAGAUUCCAUAAAGAUCCCGAUAGUGGUGCCCCAUUACGACGAGAUAAAUCCGAACGAAAGAAAAGGCACGUCGGAGCCUGUUAUCACGACUCAUCAAACGAAAAAUAGUACCAAGCUGGAAGAGGAGGAGACCACGUAUUUGCCUAGGACUUCCAGUCCUCCUCCGUCCGGCAAAGACGAUCAGAGCACUCCGUCGAAGCUCGACGAUGUGAUUCCGGUGGCGGAGUUCGUCGACGAUACUAACGAGACCAGCUUCUCCGAAGUGGUCGAUUAUAAAAUCCCGAUUGACCUGAAAAAGCUCUUGAACAUAUCGGGCUUGAGGACCAUCAACGUUAGCGAGGAUCAGGACGCAUGGAAGAACGGAUCGCUGUUGAAUUCGACCGAGGUGUCGCCCAUGUUGAUCCUCCUGCCGUCGAAGGCGACGUCGCUGAAAUCGUCAACGCCGAAUGGGGAGGAUCUGGAACCGGACAACAGCACCAGCUACCAUGCAAACGUUGGGUUGAGCAACACGACCAGGAGCGACACCGAUAAAGAAACUGUCGGUGCGAAUGCUCCGGAAUUUACAUCGGUGAACAAAUUACUCGAAAUACCACGCGCCGUGGUAGAGAAACUCGAAGGGAACGAGACGCAAGAUGGUAACUCGUCUGAAGUUUGGAAUUCGGACGGAAGGGAGUCGCAGGAAAAAGAGUCUUACUACGACGACGAAGAGGGAAUGGAGGAUCACGUCGACGGUACGGAUUUGCCGGACGAAGAGUCGUCGGAGAGAGAAGGCGGCGAGAUCUUGAAGCACGGAGAGGCUGGAAUGGCGAUACGCGUGAAAGACAUAAAACGAUUGCACAUGGACAAGCAUCGGCAAGAAACGGAACGGUCGAACAAGACGAGGAGAAACGAAACGUCGAGGGUCGAUUUUUUUGACGAGAUUUCGAUCCGUUUCAACGAUUCCGCCACUCCGGAGAGGGAGGAGAAGGACGAGGCUGGCAGCAACGUGUCCAGCGAAGUUAGCAUCAACGGCGACAUCAUCUUGGAGACCACGCUUUUGGACGUGACCACGGAAAAGGCGCGUAACAAUUCGAACGCGACCGACGCUAAUCGUGCGAGCAACUUCGACGAGAGCGACGAGGAUUUGAGAGAGCUGUUCGAGUCGGGUAUGGAGCCGAAUUCGGAGCCGGAAGUGGUGUUCUCGCCUCAGAACGUUCACGGGACCGUGUCCACCAACGUGCACGGGAGGAUACGAAACGAGCAGGAACAGAUCGAUCUGCGACCGUUGGACGAUCCCAAAAGCGACGAGCUGGAAGCCGCCCCGUCCUCGUCCGAGUCUCUUUUGUACGAUCCUAGUUUUCGCGAUCAGUACACGGAGGACGAUCCCAACACCGAGAUCCACAUGAUCGACGAGCAAUCCGCCGAGAACAAGGAGUUCUUAAAAAAAUCCCAAGCCUCUAGCUCCGUGAAAACUUUCGAGCCGGAGGCGUUGAAUUUCAGAGCAAUUCAAAACAACAGACAUUCUGCCUAUCCCAAGCAACCGAUAAAGUUCCCUUCGGAGGACGUGAACAGUAUACACAAUCAAGACUACAAGGAGAGAGUUCCCUAUCCCCUGGACGAUGGACUACAUUCCAGCACGAAGAGCAGCGUCUUCCCUCAUCAGAAACCCUUCCACCGAGGAGCGUCUCUUUGGAGAACGUCGUCGCGACAGCAAACGGCGGGUCAGCAGUUGGAAAUGACGUCUACCAGCCAGAGACAGAGACAGCCGCCGUUCUCUAUGUCAUUUUGGACGACCAUGCCUCUGAUGAGGGAUCCUGGUCUCUACUCGACCGACCAGAACGUUCACGGAAAAACGACGAACAGUCAACCGUACACCAACAACCGAUUCCCGGAGGUGUCGCCUUCCUGAAGGGCCAAUUUCUACCACGCAUUGUUCGCCGCGUGAUGCAAAUGGGGCUCUGCUCGUGCAGAAAUCGGGGACACCUAUCGGUGGAUAAUGGUGUGUCGCCGGGAUUCUUGGUGUUUUCACGCCUCGUUGCUCUCAGUGGGAACGUCUACAGACUGUGGAACUGUGCCAAAUAAAUUAAGAGUCGUGAACUCUUGCCGACUAGCAAUUUGCGUGCCGCCCGAUUCGUCCGUCGCUGAGAACUGAUAGACGGGUCGAUUGAUCGCAUAGUACGCGUACUUGCGAUCGAAGCUAACGAAGACGCAGAUCCGCGCGAGCUGCGCCCGAUACGCGGCACUACCGCUAGCAUUGCGUAAUUUCGUUAACAGACUUUACGCGGCGGCGUUGGAGGAAUUUACGAGCGAUCGUUUCUCAGAGAAGAAAUAAAUAUACUAGAUCUACCAAGGACGAGAUGGGAAUCAUGUUGAAACUGUUCGAAACCGUGGAUCGUCCACGGAACGUUUCACGAUUGCGAGCGAAAAUGCAAUGCGCUACUAGUGGCAUUCUACGAACACACACACACACACAUGCACCUACACUAUCAGCGACGCGAGUCUAUGAUCUUUCACCGAACGUUCGUUCAGGCCUAAUUUCGUCACUUCCAACUCGAUUUAACUAAAUUCCAUAGCAAUAAAAGCGACUGUACAAUGGAUUAAAAAAAAGUAUUUGCACGUCCAGUCAUUUUUACAAUAACUUUUUUUUGAAAGGGAAA